GAAUUGAAGGAUAGUUGAAGGGUAUAUAUUCAAGGUAGGAGUCAAUGGGUCCUAAUAUGGAGUGACUUUCCUUGUUAUUAUUGCCACUAGUAUAUUUUCUAUCCCUUUCCUGCCAAGAGGCACUCAACACAUUACACACUUUCUCCUUCCCUCCUUAGGGAGAUUUUCUGGGGAUUCAAACUCCUCUUACAAACUCACUCCUGAUCUAGGUACUCUUGGUGCCCUCCCUCUACAAGUUUGUGAUGCGCCUCGUAUCCUUUCCUUGCUCUCUUCACAUGGCUGCCCCUCCCCUUCCCCUGUGGAAUUAUUGCACUUCCAUGCCAGAAAGAUCCAUUUUCACCCCUGCCUCACUCCCAAAUUCACCUCCCUCUAAAAAAUAUUUUGUGAGUUCCCUUUGCAAAGAAUACCCAUUGGGCAUUUCUCUUGUUUUACCCCAGCUCUCACGAUCACUGAGAUUGACGAAAUGAAGAGGUAGAGAGGUGCUCUUUGAGACCUUUGAACAACUGCUUAUCUAAUUAUCUCCAUCUAUUAUGAACAGAUUCUGAGCACAUGUAGUAUUGAGCAGGAGGAUGUGCAGGCAUUUCUCACCCUAUGCUACUUGAAUCCUAUGCCAUCAAGAUAUAUAGAUCUUAGUGGAUAUGCUGGUCUCUGUUCAUGAUCCAGUACCUUUCCUGGUGUCAUACACACUUCUAAUAAUUAUUGAUUGAACAGUCAGUUCUUUUUUUUUAAAAUUAAUUUAUUUUUGGCUGCACUGGGUCUUUGCUGCGCAUGGGCUUACUCUAGUUGUGGCGAGCGGGGGCUACUCUUCGUUGUGGUGCACGGGCUUCUCAUUGCGGUGGCUUCUCUUGUUGCGGAGCACAGGCUCUAGGUGCGUGGGCUUCAGUAGUUGUGGCUCUCGGGCUCAGUAGUUGCGGCAUGCAGGCUCUAGAGCACAGGCUCAGUAGUUGUGGCACACAGGCUUAAUUGCUCCACAGCACGUAGGAUCUUCCCGGACCAGGGCUCGAACCUGUGUCCCCUGCAUUAGCAGGCAGAUUCUUAACCAUUGUGCCAGCAGGGAAGUCCCGAACAGUCAGUUCUUGUCCUACUACUCCGUUCCCCAUGAAUGUCCGUCUCUAUAAAGUUUCCAUAGAAAACCUGGGCCGACAUUUCUGUAUACGCAGAGAAAUAUCCUGUGAGGUAUUUCUUAUGAGGAACUAAUUUCCAGUUCCCUACUUACUCCUCUGCCUUCGGAAUCUCUGUUUUCUGAAUGAAUCAAGAGGGAGGCUGUGUCCUUUUCAGGUGAAUUCUGUACUCUUUGAACGUCUCUUGGUGUCAUCCCUUUCUUUCCUCUUACGUGUUUUGAUUCUUAACCCUUGGAGCCUAGUCUGCUCUACCUGCAUUGUUACUCUGUGCCUCCAGACUCUUGACAGUUCCAGGCUCUAAACACAAGGGUCAGUCAGGUUCUCUCUCAGACUCCAUUCUGAACUGUUGCUUUGCUCUAGAAUCUAGAAUGCUUCCUCUAUUUCUCCUUUCAGUUACCAACCAAAGUACCCGGAUUCGGUAGUCAAAUUGUUAUAUAUUUUUUCUCUAUUAGUAGAAGAUUCUUAGGUUUGAUCGUCACCCCAUCUUACUGGGAGCUCCAUAAAAGCCGGUGUCCUUUUCCGUAGCACUCAUUCACCGCAGCAACUAGAUGCAGACAGCCAUCUCUUCUCACUCUUUUGUUUCUGCCUGCCCAGAAUUUUCACCUGAUCCCUUGGCUCGUCCCGUUUCUCUCCUAGCCUCAGUAAUUUUGCCCAAGUCCCUAGAGCCUGCUCCGCCCCCGCCCCCGCACGCGCGGUGCAUGCCGGUCUUAGCCCCUCUGUAGGGAAAGAGGGUCCGCCAUGUUCCCCAGCGGCGCCGCCGCUUGGCUCUGGUAGCCGCCGCCCCCGCCCCCAACCCCGCCCGGCCCAGCGCCUAGCCGAGCCCCGGGCCCAGCAUGGCCGCCCCGGAGCCGGCCCGGGCUGCACCGCCCCCACCCCCGCCCCCGCCGCCCCCUCCCGGGGCUGACCGAGUCGUCAAAGGUGAGAGGUGGACGAAGCCUUGAGGGCCUGGCCUGAGGAGGUAGCUGUGUGAGGGCGGGCGGGAGACCGUCCCCUCCGGAGCGGGCCCGGAAGGGCGGGCGAAUGACUGGCUGCCUCCCUUGGGGAGUGGCCCCUGGGCGGGCCCCUGCUGGGCUGGGCUGAGUUGGUGGCGGCGGCUCCGCGGUCUCUCGCUUGCCUUCUGGCCGUGGCGGGGGUUUCGCCCUGGGGGGUCUCCUAGCCGAAGGGGUGAGGCUACUAGUCGCAGAGCCCCUUUCUUUUCCUGCCCGGUCUGUCAAAAGCGGCCCAAAGGCCGCGAUUAGCUUCCUGCACCGCGACAGCUGCACGCCUGGCUUGCCUGGGCGGACCGAGGGGCUCGGAGACCUUCAGCCACGCGGCGCCGGGCGAUGAGCAGUCAGAAAUCACCUCGGCUUUGGCCCACGUCUGCUCCCCAAUGACAGCCGUCUGCCCUAUUCGCGCCUAGUUAGCGCCAGCCGCAGGGGUUCGGCCCUCAGGUGUCACCCCGCGCGGAAAUUGGGGGAACUGUAUGGGAUCGGACAAGGGUGAAGGGACGAGCCAGAAUUUGGGGGCCCCGGCUUUAAGUGCAGAAUAGAUGGAAAAAAGACAGCAUAAAAGAGAAAAAAGCUUCAGGGAUAGGAAGAAGCAUUUACGUAGAAAACCGUCAACACUUUUUGGUCAAAGGCCAAGAGGGGUUAGCCCUCCUUUGCAGGCAGACACCCACACACUCCCCCUAGAAGAAAAAAUUAAAUAUUUCUCAGCUGGUGCAGAAUUUAUGGUUGUUUAACGACCACAGGUCAGCAGAUUAAUUUAAAAUAGAGAAAUUGAGGGCUAAUUGAGAGUUGCUUAAGAUUUCCACGCUUUCUGGGAGAGCCCAUCAACUUGAAGCACUGCUGCGGAGCUGUCCCUUUCCCCCCAACGCAUCGCUUGACAUCUGAAGAAGUUUUUGAUAUGGAUGGGAUACCCAGGGUUGAUGUUUUGAAGAACCACUUAGUAAAAGAAGGUCGGGUAGAUGAAGAAAUUGCACUUAGAAUUAUCAAUGAGGGUGCUGCCAUUCUUCGGAGAGAGAAAACCAUGAUAGAAGUAGAGGCUCCAAUUACAGUGUGUGGUGACAUCCAUGGCCAAUUUUUUGAUCUGAUGAAACUUUUUGAAGUAGGAGGAUCACCUGCUAAUACACGAUACCUUUUUCUUGGUGAUUAUGUGGACAGAGGUUAUUUUAGUAUAGAGUGUGUCUUAUAUUUAUGGGUCCUGAAGAUUCUAUACCCAAGCACAUUAUUUCUUCUGAGAGGCAACCAUGAAUGCAGACACCUUACUGAAUAUUUUACCUUUAAGCAGGAAUGUAAAAUUAAAUAUUCAGAAAGAGUCUAUGAAGCUUGUAUGGAAGCUUUUGAUAGCCUGCCUCUUGCUGCACUUUUAAACCAACAAUUUCUUUGUGUUCAUGGUGGACUUUCACCAGAAAUACACACACUGGAUGAUAUUAGGAGAUUAGAUAGAUUCAAAGAGCCACCUGCAUUUGGACCAAUGUGUGACUUGCUAUGGUCUGAUCCUUCUGAAGAUUUUGGAAAUGAAAAAUCACAGGAACAUUUUAGUCACAAUACAGUUCGAGGAUGUUCUUAUUUUUAUAACUAUCCAGCAGUGUGUGAAUUUUUGCAAAACAAUAAUUUGUUAUCGAUUAUUAGAGCUCAUGAAGCUCAAGAUGCAGGCUAUAGAAUGUACAGAAAAAGUCAAACUACAGGGUUCCCUUCAUUAAUAACAAUUUUUUCGGCACCUAAUUACUUAGAUGUCUACAAUAAUAAAGCUGCUGUAUUAAAGUAUGAAAAUAAUGUGAUGAAUAUUCGACAAUUUAACUGUUCUCCACAUCCUUACUGGUUGCCCAAUUUUAUGGAUGUCUUCACAUGGUCUUUACCAUUUGUUGGAGAAAAAGUGACAGAAAUGUUGGUAAAUGUUCUGAGUAUUUGCUCUGAUGAUGAACUUAUGACUGAAGGAGAAGACCAGUUUGAUGAACGGCUCAUAUAUGGCAAUAAAAAAGUAGGUUCAGCUGCAGCCCGGAAAGAAAUCAUAAGAAACAAAAUUCGAGCAAUUGGCAAGAUGGCAAGGGUCUUCUCUGUUCUCAGGGAGGAGAGUGAAAGUGUGCUGACACUCAAGGGCCUGACUCCCACAGGGAUGUUGCCUAGUGGAGUGUUAGCUGGAGGACGGCAGACCCUGCAAAGUGCUUCAGUUUCAGAAUGUGAAUCAAGGAUAUCCAUAUUACUUAAAUGGAAAUCCACAGUUGAGGCUAUUGAGGCUGAAAAAGCAAUACGAGGAUUCUCUCCACCACAUAGAAUCUGCAGUUUUGAAGAGGCAAAGGGUUUGGAUAGGAUCAAUGAGAGAAUGCCACCCCGGAAAGAUGCUGUACAGCAAGAUGGUUUCAAUUCUCUGAACACCGCACAUGCCACUGAGAACCACGGGACUGGCAACCAUGGUGCCCAGUGACCCACGGCUUCCCAGGGACUCUCACAGCUCGGGCCCCAAAUGGACAGAUCACCCGAGGAGCUGGAGGGGUCGGUCAAGCUGACUGUAAAUGUCACAGUCCCUCUGGAGAAACCAUUGUGCUUUUGAGACCCCAGCCCCCUUCCUGGAUGGAGGCUUGAGGGCCCUGGGACAUGUUGUGCUAUCUGAUAAGAUUGGGUCAUCGCUGCCAAGGUGGAGAGCAGUGAGCAAGGGGCUUGGGGCAAUUUCCAGUGGAGGGCAACUACACCUCCAUUUAUGCUUGUGGUUCACACAUUUAAGUUUACAAAUGAGAUUUCUUUUUCCCCUCAGUAGAAUUAGAUUUUGUUUUUCAACCAUAACUUCAAAUACAAUCCUAAGAGAUAAUGUGGACUUUUUUUUUCCCCCAUGAAAUGUCUUUAAAGGAUGAGUUAGCAUGGUCUUAAAAUACAUUUCCGAGGUUACUAAGCUGUGUUUUGAAUUAUGGGCAAAAUGCUGAGAAACCCAGUUGGCAUUUAUACAAAAUGCUGACCUCAGGUCUGUAGUUCCUAAAUGUGGCUAAUUCUGUAAUAUAGUCUUGGUAUUUUUCAAUUAUGAAUGCAUAACCUAUUUCUAGGCAGACUCUCUUACUUGUACACAAAUCCAAAAACUAAUUUAGAAUCUUUCUUGCCCAGAUCUUUUGAGAUUUACACCCCAGAGAUUUAAGAAGAAAAUCUCUAAAUUUCAGAAUUAUGAAGAAUUACAGAAUUACUCAUUUAAGGUACUUUAAAAGAAGUUUGUACAUUGUCAAAGUAAAUUUUAAUUCAAAUCAUGUCUGUAAAACUUGACGUAUUUUGUGUAUGCAUGUUUUCAUUUUGCAAAUAUUUAAUAUAUAGACCUAUGAUGUACAGGUACGACAUGUAUAGGUUACCUAGAUGUUAUGAGAAAUUUUAGUUUACUGUGAGUACUCAAGUUGCUUAAAUAGCCACCAGGGUGAUUUACUGCUGGCUUCCUAUCAUUUUAUGUUUUGAUGCAAAGGAAAUUUUAAAAUGUUCUGGAAGUGUUUUUGAUUAAGCAGUGCAGCAUAGAAGCAACAGUUCUGUUCAGUCAUUCAGAUGUUAGUGGAAGCAUAAAAGUCAAGACUGCAUGUUGAACAUUUUCUUUCGAUAGUUACAGAACUGCUUGGUUAGACUAAAUGGAACCAUGUGCUAAUUUUUCACAAUUACUGACCUGUAUUGAUUGCCACAGUAGUUUGGUAUUUCCCUUUACUUUGGUGGCCUGCUUCCCUCAUGCCCUGGAAUACAACUCAGAGCUCCAGGCAGCGGAACCAUCUAUUGUUUGUUUGCCAGAAAGUGCACCCUGUAUGGUCUCCUUUCUAAGUUGGAAAUAUUAUGCAUGUGCAGGACUAUUUGAGUAUUUUAUAAACAGUAGCACACAAUAAAUUCCAUGCAUGGGCCGCUGCUCCUA